ACGUGGCCACUGGCAACGAUGACGAUGCAAACGACAACCACCACAACAAGCACCACCUUUACAGUGCGCAAGAUGACCAGCCACCGGAUCUCCAAGCUGUCCACCAUUCUGCUGCUCUGUGCCGCCCUGCUGCUGACCAAGUCCUGCGGCAUUGUGGCCCUCAGCGGUGACGGCAAUGGAUCCGCCAGCUCGGGUCAGGCCGUGGCCCAGGCAGAGCCCUGGAGUGAUGCCACCACCACCACACUUCAGCCGGAAGAAGAGGGCAGCGGCGGCUGGGAGACCACCACUGAGCUGGCCAAUGAGGAGACAACCGAAGCUUCGGCCAAUGAGGAGAAUCCUACGACACUAUCGCCUGAAGAAACCACUCAGCCUGAAGAGACCACUCAAGCGGAGAUUGAUAAUGAGACAACCACCUCGGCUGACCAGGGAGGUUCUGGCAAUGGUGAGACCACCGCACCAGCUGAACAGGAGACCUCCUCCAGUGGCUCUGGCGAUGGAGAGACCACCACCGAUGCACCGGAGAAUUCCUCUUCCACAUCAGCACCCGAGGAAUCUUCCACCUCAGCACCCGAGGAAUCCUCCUCCUCAGCACCCGAGCAGUCCUCAUCCAGCGUGGCUCCAGAGAGUUCAGCCGCUCCCGAGGACACAACCACCUUGGAGCCAGAGACGACUAGCAGCUCCAGUUCCAGUUCCAGCGUAGCUCCGGACACCACUAUUGCACCCACACCUCCCAUCUUUACGUGCCAGUCGGCUGGACUCUUCCCUGACAUCACUGGCGACUGCCAGCGUUAUCACAACUGCCUGUUGAAUCCUGUGCUGCACCAGCUCCAGGAUGUGGCGCUGACCUGCCCCCCUCUGACCGUUUUCUCGGCAAACCUCGGACGCUGUGUGCGCGAUGUGGCCGAGUGCCCGGAUGAUACCUUCCAGUGCCCGGCUGUGGGACGAUUUGCUGGACACGAUGAUACCUAUUACUACAGCUGCGUGGCCAGUCUGCAGGGUGGCUUCCACAAGUUUGUGGUGCGCUGCUCCAGUGGCCAGCGAUUUGAGGCAAUGAUUGGAGGCUGCUGGCGAUACGAUUGGACCCAGAUUGUGCCCGGUCAGGAGGCUACCGAGAUUAGCGAUUUGGCGGCCAUUAAGAGGGAGCUGAAGCAAUACAAGGCCGAGGAGAAGUUGCGCCUGAAGGCCCAGAAGCAGCAGGAGAAGCUGGCCAGGAAGCAGCAGAAGCUGGAGGAGAAGGCCGCCAAGAAGGCGGCCAAGGAGCUGGCCAAGCAGCAGGCCAAGGCUGACAAGGACAAGGCCAAGGGCGAGUCCAUUGAGAGUGCCGAGUCCGCGGAGUAGACUUCAAACACCUAAAACUCCUCUUCUAUGUUGGUCCCUUGCUCUAGUCUAGUGAAAUUAUCUUUUUCCAGCUUCUGUAUUUUUUUCUUCUUAUAUUUUAUCCU